UGUUUCAAGUGUGCCAUUAUGAAUUUAGCGAUUUUCUUCAUCGGUAUUUUGAUACAGUGUGUCAAUGGACAAAACUGGGAACUUGAAUUUGUGGAACCACAUGGAGAUGGAAAUCUGUUGUUAUCAGAGAGAGAGGAACGGAUGAUCACGUACAACUUUACUGUGCACAGUUCCGAAAGUGCCAGUAUUUAUACAACAUCAACGGACACAAAAGUCGUUGACUUGAUUGGCGAAAUAGAACACCGUGUCGUCGGAGGGGUGUCUGUGAUACCUAAUAUAACAGUGAAGGGUAUUUUUCUCGGACGUGCUUCCCUAACAUUUCAGGUAAACAGAAAACUCAAUGGGACCGUCUCGUCGACACAGAGUAAGGGAGGUAACUCGUGGUACGAAUUACCGGUGGUUCUGGACGUUGUCGUGAAAAAAUAUGAGGGUGUUCUCAACAAAAUCUUUCAGGCAUCCGUGAUUGUGCUGGUUUGUGUGGCCAAUAUCGCCAUGGGGUGUAAAACAGAUGUUCAGGUGGUGAAGGAAACCCUGCGGACACCGAUCGCUCCACUGACGGGCCUUGCAUCACAGUUCAUCCUUAUGCCACUGAUAUCGUUCACAGUGGGAUACCUCCUACAGCUGACCCCGCCCAUGGCGUUCGGUCUGUUUGCUAUGGGGUGCUCCCCAGGGGGAGCGGCCAGUAACGUCUACACAUACUUUCUCGACGGAAACGUUUCAUUGAGUGUCACCAUGACCUUCGUCAGCACCAUUGCGUCACUAGCCCUCAUCCCUCUUUGGCUGUUCACCCUUGGCAUCCACGUCAUCUACCGGACAGAAUCCGUCACGAUCCCUUUCGCCAAUAUUGUCAUUUCACUCAUCGGUCUCAUCAUUCCGGUUGGUAUUGGCAUCGUCAUAAAGAAAAAGCUACCAAAGGUGGCAAAGUUUCUCCUCAAGCUUCUGCGACUAGUUGCUGUGCUUUUCUGUAUCCUAGUCUUUACGAUUGGCAUUUAUGCAAACCUCUAUAUAUUUAGACUGAUGACACCAUUAAAUCUACUUGCGGGCGCUUUGUUACCGUACAUAGGGUUCGUGUUCGGUGCCAUCAUGGCGUUCGCAACGAGACGCAACAAUAGCGAUAUUUUGACAAUUGCGAUAGAAACAGGGAUACAAAAUUCUGGAGUGGCUAUAGUGUUGCUACAACUGUCCCUCCCCCAUCCAGACUCUGACAUUGCGAUUGUCUCCCCUGUCAACUGUUCCCUGUUCACACCCAUUCCCGUUAUCAUAGCAAUAAUCAUUCACAUCGUCAGGAAGAAAUGGUGCCGGAAGGACGAGCUCAAGGACACAAAACAACAAGGUCGAGUCGAGAACGAAGAUGGUGAUGAAAACGUUUCGGUCACUUACCAUUACAAAGUAAAAGAGCCUGGAGAAGGAGGAGAAGCUGGCGAUGGAGUCCAUGGUCACCAUUUACUUAAGAGAUGAACGACGGUUGUUUGAAAAGGUUGAUAGUUCAAACUAUGGAAACAGUGCUCAUCACCGAAAUGAUUUUUGCGUUGGACCUGACAAAGUUUCGACAGUAUAAAUAAAGCGACGACAGACAGACACUAUAUAUAUAUAUCACAAUAUCUCGGACGGAGGAGGGGAGGAGAUUUCGACUAUCGUUGGAAUAUUUCCAUGAUGUUGCGAUUUGCUCUUACAAACACAAACAAACAGUUGUCGUUCCUUGCAUUAACUAGCACAGUGAGGUGUCGCUCUAAGCACUUACUUUCACAUUGGUUUUAAGUUACGACAACCCCAUUAAAAUCGACCAUUCUUUGGCAUAAAUACCGUACUUAAUUUAGGGACGAUAAUACCGCCAUUUUCCUGUAGUUCACUCAAAGAAAUAUGUAACAUGUACACUUACACGGGUUUGAUAGACAGCAAAGUUCAGAUCACGUAAUACAGUGUAAUCUCGAAAACUCCCACGAGUUUUACUGAUAAGACUUACAGGUCAUCUGAUCCAAAGGGUCCGCCGUUCGGCGUCCGUAAACUUUUGUUUAAAACACCACUCCUGCUUAACCCCUUGGCGGAUUUCAACCAAAUUUGACCUGAGAUGUCAUUGGAGGUGGAGGAUCAUUCCUUACAUUCAAAAAAUUGAUUCGACCCCUAGGGACCUGGGAUGGGGCCCCAAAAGGUUAGUUAGGCAAUACUUUGCUUCAAAACGCUACUCUUUCAUAGUACUUGAAAGGAUUUCAUUCAGAUUUUGUCUGUAACAUCAGUAGGGUAUGGCGGCAAAUAAUUAUUCAAUUCAUAAAGUUGAUUCGGCCUCGAGGGACUUGGGGGCGGGGCCCACAAAGGGGAAAUUAGGCAAUAUUUUGUUUAGAAACGCUACUCUUUCUUAAUGCCUGGGUAGUUCCCAACCAAUUUUGGUGUGAAACAUUAUUGUAGGUGAGUUAUCUCUUAAAUUCAGAAAGUUUAUUUGAUUCAUAAGGACGUGGGAGUGGGGCCCCAAAGUGGAAAAUUAAUCAAUGAUUUUACUACAAAAUGCUAUUCUUCCUUAAAGCUUGAAUGGAUUUAUAUAAAAUGUGGUCUGAAAUAUCAGUUUGAGAAUUCAUCUGAUAUGUAAGACCAUUAUCUGCGAUUAUGUGUUCUCUCCAUCCUUUAUAUCUUACCCGGACAUAUUCCUUACACUGUUUCUCCCCGCCUUUAUAUCUUACCCGGACAUAUUUCUUGCACUGUUUCUCCCCGCCUUUAUAUCUUACCCGGACAUAUUUCUUGCACUGUUUCUCCCCGCCUUUAUAUCUUACCCGGACAUAUUUCUUACACUGUUUCUCCCCGCCUUUAUAUCUUACCCGGACAUAUUUCUUAUUUCUCCAUCCUUUAUAUCUUACCCGGACAUAUUUCUUGCACUGUUUCUCCCCGCCUUUAUAUCUUACCCGGACAUAUUUCUUGCACUGUUUCUCCCCGCCUUUAUAUCUUACCCGGACAUAUUUCUUACACUGUUUCUCCCCGCCUUUAUAUCUUACCCGGACAUAUUUCUUACACUGUUUCUCCCCACCUUUAUAUCUUACCUGGACAUACCACAAGGAAUGCAUUUAACACAAUGAAAUGACACUUAUCAAUCACUUAUCAUAACCAAGCUUCCGGUGGGGUGUGUGUUAUUUAUCACAAGCAUUCGUACCAUACCAGAAACUCGGAGACAUAUUUAUGUAAAUUAGAGUCUUUAGUUGGUGGACCAAAGCAUGACCCCGCUUGUGACAUGUAGUAAUUUCAACCCUCGUGUUUAGUUUCUAAAAAGCUAAAUAAUUAUAUAUUGAUUGUUUUGUGAUCAACAUAUGUUUGCCUGGAUGUUUUGACGGCAGCUUCGUCAAUAUCUACUAAUGCCAAAUUUAUGUGUUCUGUGGAUUUUUUUUUUAUUUAUUUUUUGGUACGUCAGACGAAAGACGUUAACAGUCGCAUUUCACGAGAAUAUUACGAAUUUAGGUCAUUGUUAUCGAUAUUGAAAUGAUAUUCCCUCAGGUAAAGACGUCGAAAAGAGGCACACAGAAAUGGAAUGACUGUCGGUUAAUGGACAAUCAUCCAGGUCAGUAAAGGGAAUUUCCAGAAUACAUGAAACACAAAUGUUCAAAGUUUAUCAUAGCGUCCCGUUAUAAUAUUGUUGACAUUUUGGCCAAAGUUAAACUGUAUUUGUUCUUAGCUUUCUUUAUCUUACUGUAACUGUUCGGACAUUUAAUUUUUUUUGUAUCUUUUAUGUGUUUUAUGAGACUGAAUGUCAUUGUAAGAUACUGUAUGUUUGUGUAACUGUUUGGACGUUUGAAUUUUUCUGUGACCUUGAAGGACUUUGUCCUGAUGUUGAUACUGUAUGUUUGUGUAACUGUUUGGACGUUUGAAUUUUUCUGUGACUUUGAAGGACUUUGUCCUGAUGUUGAUAGUGUAUGUUUGUGUAACUGUUUGGACGUUUGAAUUUUUCUGUGACUUUGAAGGACUUUGUCCUGAUGUUGAUAGUGUAUUUUUGUGUAACUGUUUGGACGUUUGAAUUUUUCUGUGACUUUGAAGGACUUUGUCCUGAUGUUGAUAGUGUAUGUUUGUGUAACUGUUUGGACGUUUGAAUUUUUCUGUAACUUUGAAGGACUUUGUCCUGACGUUGAUAGUGUAUGUUUGUGUAACUGUUUGGACGUUUGAAUUUUUCUGUGACUUUGAAGGACUUUGUCCUGAUGUUGAUAGUGUAUGUUUGUGUAACUGUUUGGACGUUUGAAUUUUUCUGUGACUUUGAAGGACUUUGUCCUGAUGUUGAUAGUGUAUGUUUGUGUAACUGUUUGGACGUUUGAAUUUUUCUGUGACUUUGAAGGACUUUGUCCUGACGUUGAUAGUGUAUGUUGCUGUAACUGUUUGGACGUUUGAAUUUUUCUGUGACUUUGAAGGACUUUGUCCUGAUGUUGAUAGUGUAUGUUUGUGUAACUGUUUGGACGUUUGAAUUUUUCUGUGACUUUGAAGGACUUUGUCCUGACGUUGAUAGUGUAUGUUUGUGUAACUGUUUGGACGUUUGAAUUUUUCUGUGACUUUGAAGGACUUUGUCCUGACGUUGAUAGUGUAUGUUGCUGUAACUGUUUGGACGUUUGAAUUUUUCUGUGACUUUGAAGGACUUUGUCCUGACGUUGUUAGUAUAUGUUGCUGUAACUGUUUGGACGUUUGAAUUUCUCUGUGACUUUGAAGGACUUUGUCCUGAUGUUGAUAGUGUAUGUUUGUGUAACUGUUUGGACGUUUGAAUUUUUCUGUAACUGAAGGACUUUGUCCUGAUGUUGAUAGUGUAUGUUUGUGUAACUGUUUGGACGUUUGAAUUUUUCUGUGACUUUGAAGGACUUUGUCCUGACGUUGUUAGUAUAUGUUGCUGUAACUGUUUGGACGUUUGAAUUUCUCUGUGACUUUGAAGGACUUUGUCCUGAUGUUGAUAGUGUAUGUUUGUGUAACUGUUUGGACGUUUGAAUUUUUCUGUGACUUUGAAGGACUUUGUCCUGAUGUUGAUAGUGUAUGUUUGUGUAACUGUUUGGACGUUUGAAUUUUUCUGUAACUGAAGGACUUUGUCCUGAUGUUGAUAGUGUAUGUUUGUGUAACUGUUUGGACGUUUGAAUUUUUCUGUGACUUUGAAGGACUUUGUCCUGACGUUGUUAGUAUAUGUUUGUGUAACUGUUUUGACGUUUGAAUUUUUCUGUGACUUUGAAGGACUUUGUCCUGAUGUUGAUAGUGUAUGUUUGUGUAACUGUUUGGACGUUUGAAUUUUUCUGUGACUUUGAAGGACUUUGUCCUGAUGUUGAUAGUGUAUGUUUGUGUAACUGUUUGGACGUUUGAAUUUUUCUGUGACUUUGAAGGACUUUGUCCUGACGUUGUUAGUAUAUGUUGCUGUAACUGUUUGGACGUUUGAAUUUUUCUGUGACUUUGAAGGACUUUGUCCUGAUGUUGAUAGUGUAUGUUUGUGUAACUGUUUGGAGGUAUGAAUUUUUCUGUAACUUUGAAGGACUUUGUCCUGACGUUGUUAGUAUAUGUUGCUGUAACUGUUUUGACGUUUGAAUUUUUCUGUAACUGAAGGACUUUGUCCUGACGUUGAUAGUGUAUGUUGCUGUAACUGUUUGGAGGUUUGAAUUUUUCUGUAACUGAAGGACUUUGUCCUGACGUUGUUAGUAUAUGUUGCUGUAACUGUUUGGACGUUUGAAUUUUUCUGUGACUUUGAAGGACUUUGUCCUGACGUUGAUACUGUAUGUUGCUGUAACUGUUUGGAGGUUUGAAUUUUUCUGUAACUUUGAAGGACUUUGUCCUGACGUUGAUAGUGUAUGUUUGUGUAACUGUUUGGACGUUUGAAUUUCUCUGUAAUUUUGAAGGACUUUUUCCUGACGUUGAUAGUGUAUGUUUGUGUAACUGUUUGGACGUUUGAAUUUUUCUGUGACUUUGAAGGACUUUGUCCUGACGUUGUUAGUAUAUGUUUGUGUAACUGUUUGGACGUUUGAAUUUCUCUGCAACUUUGAAGGACUUUGUCCUGACGUUGAUAGUGUAUGCUGCUAUAACUGGUUAGACGUUCUGUAUGUUGCUAUAACUGGUUAGACGUUCUGUAUGUUGCUAUAACUGGUUAGACGUUCUGUAUGUUGCUAUAACUGGUUAGACGUUCUGUAUGUUGCCAUAACUGGUUAGACGUUCUGUAUGUUGCCGUAACUGGUUAGACGUUCUGUAUGUUGCCAUAACUGGUUAGACGUUCUGUAUGUUGCCAUAACUGGUUAGACGUUCUGUAUGUUGCCAUAACUGGUUAGACGUUCUGUAUGUUGCCAUAACUGGUUAGACGUUCUGUAUGUUGCUAUAACUGGUUAGACGUUCUGUAUGUUGCUAUAAGUGGUUAGACGUUCUAACGUUAAGACCAUGUCAGGUUGAAUGUUGUUAUAUUUGUAUUUCUAAUGAUGCAGCAUGUUUGUCAUGCCAGAGAAAAUUGAUCUAUUUUGUUGUACUAGUAGUUAUAUUGAAGGGAUAUUGAUGAAAUUUAGAAAGUUGACUUUGUCCCGGGAAAGGACAAAUAUAAUACCACUGUAUUUUGUUUGUUGUAUAUAUACAAUGUAUUCUGAUACUGUGAUAACAUCAUGCUUAAUAGUAUAUUUUUGUAGCCUGGAAUGCAUUGAAUAUUAUUCCUAUAACGCCACCAUUUAUAGUAUCGUGAAAAUUUCAGUCAUAUGUAAAAUAACAUUUUUAACGCUGGCUGGUCUAUCGCAGACAUAUUACGGAAACAGCCAUAGAUCAUAAGUGUUACAUUGUACCGAGGUCAACAGAACAUUUUAUAUUCGCUCGAGUUACACAGCAGUAGUUCAAUUUAAUUUGGAAAAGAUAUUAUUCUUUAUAUUUCAAGUUAUGAAUUAUUUAAAUAUCACUUAAUCACGGUAAAUAUAACACGAGAAGUUAAACAACGAGCGUUAGUAAACGUCACAGUAAACAUAACACACGUUAGUAAACGUCACAGUAAACAAAACACGCGUUAGUAAACGUCAUAGUAAACAAAACACGCGUUAGUAAACGUCAUAGUAAACAAAACACGCUUUAGUAAACGUCACAGUAAACAAAACACGCGUUAGUAAACGUCAUAGUAAACAAAACACGCGUUAGUAAACGUCAUAGUAAACAAAACACGCUUUAGUAAACGUCACAGUAAACAUAACACGCGUUAGUAAACGUCACAGUAAACAAAACACGCGUUAGUAAACGUCACAGUAAACAAAACACGCGUUAGUAAACGUCAUAGUAAACAUAACACACGUUAGUAAACGUCACAGUAAACAAAACACGCGUUAGUAAACGUCACAGUAAACAAAACACGCGUUAGUAAACGUCACAGUAAACAAAACACGCGUUAGUAAACGUCACAGUAAACAUAACACACGUUAGUAAACGUCACAGUAAACAAAACACGCGUUAGUAAACGUCAUAGUAAACAAAACACGCGUUAGUAAACGUCAUAGUAAACAUAACACGCGUUAGUAAACGUCACAGUAAACAUAACACGCGUUAGUAAACGUCACAGUAAACAAAACACGCGUUAGUUAACGUCACGAUGAACGUUACACGCGCCAUCAAACGUCACUUCAACGUAACACGCGUCAUCAAACGUCACGGUAAACGUAACACACGCCAUCAAACGUCACGGUGAACGUAACACGCGCCAUCAAACGUCGUGGUAAAUGUAAAACGCCUAUUUUAAACUUUAAUUCAAUUGUCCUAUUUCAGUUACUAUUGUUUCAGUUCUGUGAUAUUAUCUUUUUUUCGCUGAAGAUCAUUACAGCGCGUGGAUAAUAUAUAUUUAUAUGCAUAUAUAUUGUUUAAGAUAGUGUUAACAAUACAUUUUAGUAUGAUACUUUUGUCUGUAGAAUGUAAUAUUUGUACUGUUCACUGUAAUAAAAAAUGUAUGAGUACUACUCGUUACACGCCACUUCUAAUUGUCACAAUAACACUUGUUGUUAAUGGAUGUAAUGCAUUUAAGUAAUAAUAUGUCAAUAUAUGUACAUCUGGGUACUGUAAUUGUGUAAUCAUAUUAAUGAACGAUAAGUUUGACUGUUUGAUUUUGUCAAAAUGUUGUAUAACACAAUCAUAAGUUGGAAAUCGGCCCGAUUCUUGUAGAAAACUGUGCGUUAAAGAUGCCCGAUUCUCCAAAACAGUUACCCACAUGGACAUGUGGAUAAGCCAUGGUGAAUAGGUCCCUGUGUUGAAACCUUUAUAUUAUGGAAGGUCGAGUUGUAUUAUUUUGCGUUUUAGUUAACGAGCGUUUUGUUGAGACGUUUGGAAUAACGAUUACGAAUAGAGUUCCUGUUGUUUAAAGUGUAAUACUACAAUAAAUCGGCUGAGAUUUAUGUAUUUAGAGAUUUAUAUGAAGUCUGUUGGUGACAUGUAUUUUAUAUACAGGAGUAUUUACAUAUUUUGGUUGACUAAAAUAAAAUGUAUAACUUGCUUA